ACCCCCGCGUCGGGUCCUGAGCUGGUGACUGGGACGCGAGGCGGGAUCGCGAGACCGGGUCCCCGUGGCUUGCAGUCGUCGGCUACCUUUCUCCUGCCUCUCCCCUGGUUGCCACCACCACAAAUCACGCCUCUUGUUUUUGCGGCUCUUGUAAUCCACUUUUAAAUACGGUUAUGCGCUGCAGAAGGACGUUGCCGGUCUACGCGGGACAGCGUGGUCUCAUAAGAUGAUAAUACCGUCUUCUUGCCGUACCGUUUAUCUGGUUAGAUACGCAGAUACUCACUAGUGUGCUGCAGUUAGUUACCUGCAGUGUUCAGUGCAGUAGCAGGUUGUACAGGUUCGUGGCCUGAGAGUCCUAGGCUGUGUCAUCUGGGUUUGUCACUGCUGCCCGAAGAAAUUGCCUAAGGGGCCAUUUCUCCAUUUCUCAGAACGGAUCUCCGUCGUUAAGUGACGCAUGACAUACCUAUACCAACUAAUGUUACAAUUGAGUCCUAUAACAUGAAACCUAUCGUAUAUUGGGAGUACCAGAUCAUGCCACAGGUUCCUGUUUUUACCGUAGAGGUAAAGACGUAUGGUUAUGGAGACUGGAUUGUUGCCUGCACCAAUAUUUCUCAUCGUUAUUGUAAUAUUUCUGACCAUGUUAAUGAUCCAUUAAAUUCUCUUUGGGUCAGAGUUAAAGCUAGAGUUGGACAAAAAGAAUCUGCCUAUGCAAAGUCAGAAGAAUUUACUGUAUGCCAACAUGGAAAAAUUGAACCACCUAAAUUGGGUAUCAGAAAGGAAGAGAAGCAAAUCACAAUUGACAUAUUUCACCCUUCAGUUUUUGUAAAUGGAGAAGGGCAGGAAGUGGAUUAUUAUGAUGAAAUUACCUGUUACAUUAUUGUGUACAAUGUCUAUGUGAGAGUGAACAAAAGUGAGAUCCUGUAUAAAGUAUCCACAAAGAUGGAAGAUGAUUGCAACGAGAUUCAGUGCCAGUUAACAGUUCCAGUGCCCUCACUGAAUUCCCAGUACUGUGUUUCAGCAGAAGGAGUCUUAAAUGUAUGGGGUGUUACAACUGAAAAGUCAGAAGAAAUUUGUGUUACCAUUUCCAAUAGCAGCAUAAAAGGUUCUCUUUGGAUUCCAGCUGUGGCUGUUUUACUAUUUCUAGUACUUACCCUGGUACUGAUCUGUUUUUAUAUUAAGAAGAUUAAUCCAUUGAAGGAAAAAAGCAUAAUAUUACCCAAGUCCUUGAUCUCUGUGGUAAGAAGUGCCACUACAGAGACAAAACCUGAAUCAAAAUACAUGUCACGCAUUACAUCAUACCAGCCAUUUUUCUUAGAAAAGGAGGUGGAUUGUGAAGAGCCAUUGUCUCCAGUUCCAGACAUGCAUACCGAAGACAAUCCAGGAAAAGAAGAACAUACAGAAGAACUUUCUAGUAUAACAGAAGUGGUGACUACUGAAGAAGACAUUCCUGACAUGGUCCCGGGCAGCCAUCUGACUCCAAUAGAGAGAGAGAGUUCUUCAGUUUUAAGUAGUAACCAGUCUGAACCCUGCAGCAUCACUUUAAACUCAUAUCACUCCAGAAAUUGUUCUGAUAGUGAUCACUCCAGAAAUGGUUCUGAUACUGAUUCCAGCUGUCUGGAAUCCCAUAGCCCCUUAUCUGACUCAGAAUUUCCCCCAAGUAAGAAAGCUGAAAUAAAAACAGAAGAACAAGAGCUCAUAACAGUAAUAAAAGCCCCCACCUCCUUUGGUUACGAUAAACCACAUGUGCUAGUGGAUCUACUUGUCGAUGAUAACGGUAAAGAAUCCUUGAUUGGUUAUAGACCAACAAAAGAUUCCAGAGAAUUUUCAUGAGAUCAGCUAAGAUGCGCCAACUUUGAAGUCUGAGUUUCCUGGACAGUUUUUCUACUUUAGAUAGAGUGACUUACUUUAGAUAAAAGUCUAAAGAGGACGUUUGGCAGUCUCACUUUUGGCAAGACAUUUUCUUUUUUUAACAAAAAAAGCAUUGUAACUUAUGAACCUUUACAUCGAGAUAGGCUAGCAGGUGAACAGUAUCCAGUACUCCUGGUUCUUAGAUGAGCAGGCGAUGUCCCAGGGACCUUUGUAGCCACUUUACUCUUUUUCUUUUCUCUGCCUUGGUAUACCAUUUGUUUUUGUAAGUUCUAUGUAUACAGUAAAUUUAAGUGCUUACUUUCAGAAGAAAUUCUGCAAGCUUUUCAAAAUUGGACUUAAAUUCUAAUUCAAACUAAUAGAAUUAAUGAACUAUGUAAAUAGAAACAUUUUUUAUGAAACAUUAUAGUUAUUUUUAAAUAAAGAAUUUUGAAA